GCUCUUUUCUCUCACAUCAACACAGGAGUGACUGGCCCUGAGUUUACUCCACAUGCAGAAAACGUAUGACUGCGCCUGUGUUGCAACUCCAGGACCAACAGGCACAUCACUGGGCUACGAGGACACCAGGGAAGUGUUACAUAACCUAGUUGUUGAGUGCAACAUGGUGACCACCAAUGGGACCAUCCCAGCCAGCCUGUCCAGAACACUAUGCCAAAGACAAAAUAUCGAUAACACGGAUACCUCUAACUCUCGGACUCACCCCACUGCAAUCCACUCAUCCUUCAACUCUUUGAGGGAUGUAGAGCCAAUAGUGUUUGCCAUCCAGAGAGGAGAUGCUCAAACUGUGAAUGAGCUGUCAGUGGCUGCACCACUCAGCCUGAUGAAAGAGAACAAAGACGGAUGGAUACCUUUGCAUGAGGCUGCAUAUUAUGGCCAAGCUGAAUGCAUUAAGGCACUGAUGAAAGCCCAACCAGGGUUGGUUGACAAGCGCACCCUCCAGGAACAGACUGCUCUGCUCCUGUCAGUUUGCGGUCAGCACUUGUCCUGUGUGCAGUGCCUUCUACAGGCAGGGGCAGACCCCGACAUCAGCUGCAAGAACAAAGAGACCCCCCUAUACAAAGCAUGUGAGCGGGAGAACGUGGAAAUAGUGAGCCUCAUCCUGUCAUUCGGGGCCACAGUGAACCAGAGGUGUAACCGGGGCUGGACAGCACUCCAUGAGGCAGUGUGCAGGGACAACAUGGAGAUCUGUGAGAUGCUGGUUAGGGCAGGAGCCACCAUUAACCCUCCUAAUACCUACAGCAUCACACCACUAAUAGUAGCAGUCCAGCAAGGACGUGUAGAUGCCCUACGGUACCUCAUUAGGAAAGGUGCUGACAUUAACAUGCAGACAUGUGACGGUGCUACAGCCCUGUAUGAGGCCAGUAAAGAUGGCCACAGGGAGAUAGUGGAGCUGCUACUAUCUCACAACACAGACGCCAACAAACCCACCAAGACAGGACUCCUACCUCUACACAUUGCUGCUCAGUAUGGACACCAUGAGAUUGUGUCCCUGCUUGUCCCGGUCACCAGUCGGGCCAGAGUUCGCCACAGUGGAAUCAGCCCCCUCCACCUGGCUGCAGAGCACAACAGGGACAUGGUCACAGCCAUACUGCUCAAGACAGGAGCCGACGUCAAUGCCACACUAUCCCACAAUCGCUCCAUGCGGUAUUCGGAUCACCGCACCACACCACUUUACUUUGCCAUUGCCAAUGGGAGCAGUAAGACAGUAGAAAUGUUACUGAAAGCUGGUGCUAAUCUGAGCCUGGAUCCAGUCAACCCUCUACUAGCAGCUGUAAGACACGGUUGUGCCAGGAUUGUCUCUUUACUGCUGGAGCAUGGGGCCGAUAUUAACACAAGUAUCCCAGCCUGUCCUACCACCUUCCCUGGUGCUAUUGUACUCUGCCUGAAUAACCUACCUCUUCUCAAGUGCCUUUUGGAUAAGGGCUGUGAUGCCCAGGCCUGCUUCAGAUGUGCUUAUGGUUGCGGCCCACAUCCAGCACAGGACAGCAUGAGCAGCAUAGGUGUUGACAUCAGCAAAUGCACCAAUGACAUGUCUCUUCUAACUUGCACAGAACCUGCUGUCAGCAAAGUACAGUUUUGUGAGUUGAUCUCACCGCCAUCCAUGUGUAACUGGGAAGGGCCCGUCAUAGACCUGCUGCUGGACUAUGUUGGUAAUGUUCAACUGUGUGCCAGACUCACCGAGGUCCUGGGCGGCCGGCGAGAAUGGCCCAGCAUCAAGGCCAAGUCAUUGUCAUCCCGUCCACUGAUGCACCUAUGUAGGUUAAGGAUCCGUGAGCAGGUGGGUGUGUCCAGACUCAGGUCUUUGGACAGACUACCCCUCCCAGACAGACUGCUGCAGUACCUCAGCUUGCCCAGACACAGCUUUGAUGACUUCUGCCCUGAUGGCAGAUAAGGCUUAUCAGUGUCCUGUGUUGUGCCUUAUAGUAUAUUACCUGUUUACAGGAGUUUGGGCUGUAUUUAUGGGUUAGUAAUUAUUACUUGAUAGGGUCAAAUGUGUGUAAUGGCAAACUAUGUGUGUGUGUGUUGUUUGCACAUAGCAUGUGUGUAUGGAAGUGAGCUGCAGUUCUGAGUGGAUGGGUUGACAAAUGACAACAGAUAGCCUAAAGCCACAGCAGUUGAUAAUCUCUGAAGAAGUGCAACGAAACUGAGCUUAAAUGAAACUCAAGGUAAGCUUUUAAAAUACCUGUGUCAUUUAGAUGUUUAGGCCCAGGCAAACAAAUGCAGACAAUCAGUUUGAUGGUUUAUGGAAUGUACUUGUAUAUUCAGCACUAAUUUUGUAAUAUGCUUUUAAAGUGUGCUUGUGCAAUGAGUGUAGGCCUAUAUAAUAGUCCAGUUGUUGUUGUAAUGUACUGUAAAUGUCAGUGCCAAAAUGUAUGAUCCUGUAUGAUUGUAUGAUUGGAAAAGGUGCUGGAACCAAAGAAAAAAAUCGAAACAUCUGCAUUUUAUUUUAAAAAAUAAAUGUAAAUUCUCCA